UUCCGUUUCCUUCACUCCAUCUACGAAAUAGGAAAAGAACCUGCACAAUGUCUUUGAAUCAAAUUCUGACUAAUUAUACCUUUCCAACCAAUGAAACAACCGAAGCUUGUCAGAACAUGUCCGAAACUACAGAUUCUCCAAAGACAUGGGUUUUACCUUUUUCCAUAUGGUUCAGUAUAUUUAUUGGUGUUAUGAUUGGUCUAUGUAUUAUAAUCACAGUAGCAGGAAACAUCUUAGUUUUAACUGCAUUUGCUGUCGAAAGAAGUAUAAGACAACCAAGUAAUUACUUCAUUGGAUCUUUAGCUGUCUCAGAUCUGUGCAUUGGUGUCAUAUCCAUGCCUUUUUAUGCAGUUUAUGUUUUGAUGGGCAGAUGGGACUUGGGUCCUGUUACUUGCGAUCUGUGGUUAGCUACUGAUCAUACUGUUUGUUUAGUCUCCAUUUACACAGUUUUAUUGAUAACAAUUGAUAGAUUUUGCUCUGUUAAAAUUGCAGCAAGAUAUAGAAGUUGGAGAACAAAAACUAAAGUGAUGUGGAUGGUGGCAGUGACUUGGAUUGUUCCUUUUUUGGUAUUUUUCAUCAGCAUCAUGGGAUGGGAACAUUUCAUUGGUUACAGAGAUUUAGAAGAUGGUGAAUGUGAAGUACAGUUUCUGAAAGACCCUGUCUUUAAUACAUCCCUCAUCAUAGGCUAUUUCUACUGCACCCUCAUAAUUCUUUUCUGGCUUUAUUACGGAAUAUACAGGACAGCAAGUCAAAUGCAAAAACGAUCUAUGGAGAAACAAAGGAAAAUCCAAGCUCUGGUUGCCUUAGGUAAAUCAAAGCCGGAUAUUAAGACGCCUGUAUCUCAAAAUACACUUUUAGUACAAGAAAGAAAUGAUAUUAAAAGCUUUGCAAUGGGAGGCGUGGCUGGAGCUGUCAUCGGUUCAAUAGCUGCUGUUACUUCAACAAGCGGACAACCAAGUGACAUUAGUCCCACCAGAAAUGUUAAUGCCGGAAACUUAGAAGAAAAUAAUUCAGAUGAUCGCUCUAGCAGUGUAGGCUUUGAUUCUGACUUCGAUGAAAUGCUUCAGCAAAGUGAUGAAAUUAAGCCUGUAAAGAAACGGAAAAAGUAUAAGAAGAAACCUUCAGCAGGAAUUCAGAUACCAAUACCACGUCUUGAAACUUCUUCACCAACUGAAAAAUCAUUCAUGAGUUUAAUUCUUCCUACACCAAAUUUAACCGUUACAUCAUCAUCAACAGGUUCAACUAAACUUCAUUCGUAUCCAGGUUCUGAAAAAAGCUCACCAAAUGUACAAAAUUCGUCAGAAAGCCGUAAUAUUUCGAGAGUUAUUGAAGAACCUCCUAUAACUUCACCAUUCGAUCCAUCAACACAUGAAAAAGGAAAGAUCUCUCUUGAAACGGUAACUGAAGCAAAAAUAAAACCAAGUAGCUCUAAGGAUUCCUCACUUAAAACACUCGAAGUAGAUGUGACACCAAAGGAUACAAUUGUUGAAUCCAAUUCUGGUAAGACUGCAACGAAAUUACUUCCAGUCGCUGAAGAAAGUGAAGCAAUCAGCCCAGAAACAAAGUCAGCCCAAACGUUAGUUUCAGCUUUAAGUAAAAAGAUCCGAGUCCCUAAAAGAAAAAAGAGCAGGAGUAAAAGGCAUAAAUCAAAGUCAGAAAAUCGAGCUCGGAAAGCUCUCAGGACAAUCUCUUUCAUUUUAGGAGCAUUUGUAGUUUGUUGGACUCCAUAUCAUAUCUGUGCUUUAGUUGCUGGUUUUUGCAGAGAUGCUACAGGAUGUGUAAACCAUCAUUUAUUUUAUUUUACUUAUUUCUUAUGUUACGCAAAUAGUCCAAUUAAUCCUUUUUGUUACGCUAUGGCAAAUCAACAAUUCAAAAAAGCAUUUACGCGUAUUUUAAAGGGAGAUUUUCAUAAAACUUAAUUCUUCCAAUUCAUUCUCUCUUUCAAGCCCGCAUUUUUGAAGAAACUUUUUGCAAUAAUCUAUUAGAAUUCCUAAAGGUAUAC